AUGCUUUUAACUUUCUUGAAUGAAAUUAAUGGUCAACAAAUGCAACUUAUAGCUGGUCAUGUUAUUUACAGACAUGGAGAUCGAACGCCUGUCGAGACAUUUCCAACAGAUCCAGUAAAACCAAAUGAAUGGCCUAAUGGUUUAGGUCAAUUGACAGCCGCCGGUAUUGAACAACAACAUCGUCUUGGUGGAUAUCUUCGUACUCGUUAUGGAUCAUUACUUAGUCCAAAUUAUACAGCAAAUGAAAUUGUUGUUCGUUCAACAGAUGCUGAUCGAACAUUAAUGUCAGCUCAAUCGAACCUGGUCGGUCUUUAUCCAGUACUUAAUAUGACUAAUGAUAAAGUUCCAAUACAACCAAUUCCAAUACAUACAGUAUCAUUUAAUCUAGAUUUUUUACUUAGUAUGAAUGAUUGUCCAAGAUAUGAUCAAAUUGAAGAAGAAGUUGAUCAAAGUGAUGAAGUGAAAAAAGUCGAUGAAUAUUAUGGAGCGUUUUUUAAAAAACUUGAAGAAUGGACAAAUACAACUAAUAUAACAGUAUACAAUGCUUGGAAUAUAGCUGAUACAAUUUUUGUCGAACAUAUUUAUAAUAAAGCUCCAGAAUGGGCAGAUGAAGCUGUUCGAAAAAAUUUAUCUGAUAUUAGUGAUCUUGCAUUUCAUUUUCUUUAUGAAAAUAAGGAUAUAAAACGAAUUCGGGGAGGUUCGGAUAAUUAUAAAUCAAUGUUAUAUGAAAGAAACAGAUUUAUUUAUUUAGGUCCAUUAGUACAAGAUAUUUGGUUAAAUAUGAAUAGUUCAGUACAUGGAAAAGGUUUUCCCAAAGUUAAAAUGUAUUCAGCUCAUGACACAACUGUCAGUCCAGUUCUUUCCUUUCUUGGUAUUAAUUAUCCUCAUCAACCACAAUAUGCAUCAGCUAUAUUCAUUGAUCUUUAUCGACAAGAUUCAGCAUAUUUUGUUAAAAUUGAAUAUUUAAAUGUAACAGAUUCAAAUACAUCUUAUGCAUAUUUAUUAGAUGAUUGCCCAGCAAUUAAUUGUCCAUUUGAUAAAUUUACAAGUAUUUUUCAACCACGUUUUCCAGCUACUGCGGAUAUUGAAUGCGCAAAAAAAGAUCCACCUAUGCCACCUUCAACUGAUAGUAAUAAAAAAUUAAUAACAGUUCUUGUUCUUGUUAUUGUUGCUGUUGUUAUUAUUAUAUUCGUGAUGUUUUUGUGUCUUCAUUUACGAAAAACCAAUCGUUAUCCACCUCUGUUAGAAAUUGAUCGAACAUUACAAACAGCUUAA